CCGUGAAGUUAUUUUUGUAAAGUGAUUGGCUCCUUUAAAUAUAAUUUUCGAUAAGAAGUUAAAUAAUUGUUUAUAAUGGAUCGCUACCGUAGUCUAUAUAAAGAAAAUUCUUCCAUGAUGAGUCCGGCGCAACAUAAUCGGACAAAUCGAGAAUUGCAAAAUGCAAAUCGCGCCAAAAAACGCAGAGAAAUCUUUGAAAGCGGACGUAAUUUCAAUGUUAGCCCGACGCCAAAAAAAUCAUUUGAAAAGGAAAACCAAUUAGAACAUAAAGAAUUUGUAAAUGAAAAUAAUGAAAUAUGCUUUGAAAAUAAAGAGAAUGUCGACGUUGUUGAAGAGAUCUUAACUGCCUCGAAAUGCAAAGAGGCAAAAAGUACUGAUCAGACUGAGAUCAAUAAGUCGCGGAUAGCAUUGGUAGCAACUAGCAAAAAAAAUUCUGAAAAGUCUACGCGACAAGAAGCAUUUUUGUUGAAAUUUAUACAAUGGAAAGAGGCACACAAACUGAAAGAGCAGAAAAGACUGGAACCGAAAAAACGACCAUUUGUACCCAGCGGUGGAGUUGGCGGCAAUACUUUUAGUGAUGGAGUUAAGUCGGUUACUGCAGUUACAAGUAAAGUGAGAAGCAAAGAAAUUGCCACCUUUGUACCAAAGGAUCAUAAAACUUUUAAGCCACCUAUAGGAUUAAAAAAUCCUGUUUCAAAAAUGACUUCAGCAGCUAAAAGGAUAAUUGAAAAUGAUCGAAAGUCAUUCUACACAGCUGUGCCAACACCGCCAAAAAAUAAACAAGAUAAUGCCAUAAAAGCCGAUGUCAAAAAGCCGUCGGCAGUUAGUAGAACUCCGGCAAUUUCCACUUUGACGAAAAAUGCAACUACAACCCCAGCUACGUCGGCGCUAAAAUCAAUAAAAGCUGCUACAAUCACCAAGUCAAGUAGCACGAAAUCUGUGAAAACCCCUCAAACAACAACAAAUGCGGUAACUAAGCCUACAGCAGUAAUCGCCCCUAACAAAAAAGGUCUUACAUAUCCUAGCAAUGUAGCAUCUCAAGCAUCUGCUAUACAAAAAUCCACAUUGAAUACAUGUCAAAAAGCACCUAUGAACGAACAAUUAAAAUCGACUUCUGGGUUCAAAGCCAAUAGUGUUGACAAGGUUACGAAGACUUUUGUAAAUCGUUUAAAUAAUGCAACAAAAUUUGCGCAUCCACAACCAGUAAAAGCGCAUGGGACAUUAUUUAGGAAGCCACUGGCACAACCUUUAAAGGUUGGAACGAAUGCUAAACUACCUAAUGCCGGUAUUGUUGGAAAUACUGGAGUUAUAGGAAAGUCACAUCUAGUGCAAAGCAAACGAGUUACUGCCCAAGUAAACGAACAUCGCAAUGCGAAACUUGCAACAAAUUUUAAGGCAAAAAGUACGCAGGUUUCAAAAUUUAACCGUCCAACAGCCCCUAGCAAAAUUACCAUUAAAGGUAAAACAUUAUUGGGUGGUAAGCGUAUUUGUACUGCUGAUGCGGCAUUCGCUAUUGCGGAAACGCCAACAGAUUUGCUAAAUAUCAAUCCAUUUGAACCAUUUGUUACGUCAACACGUGUAAAAUCGCUUUCACCACACAGUGCCAAUGCACCUAAUAUAAGUCCUGUUAAUUCCAAAAUGGUUGUUAAUAAUAAUAAAGAAGAAACAGAAUCCAAUCAAAAUAUCCGUACGCACAGUUCAACUUCAGCUAAGCGCGCGCUGCUACCAAAUGCUGUUAAACCCUUGCCUCAAAAUCAAAUUCAAAGACAGAAGAGUAAAUUUAAUUUUGUACGUUAUUCGGUCGGGUUGUCAGAACUAGAAAGUGAUUCAGAUACAGGGGAUGUAGAAAACGAAGAGAAGGCGAGCAUACCUACUAAUCAGACGGAACUAACAAUGGUUGACGCUCAACCAAACGACUCAAGUAAUAAAGGCCAUACAACAUUAAUGCCAAAAACUCCUCCUCCCACUGAACCAGAACGUCCUGUAAACUAUAUCAGCUCUUUUGUUUCGGUGUCGCGUGGUAAAGUUAGCGCGCGUAAGGAACGCGAAAAGCGGGAUAGUAUUUACCUUCCAAAUGGGGAUGACACCUUAUUAUCCACGACAUUGACAAAAACCGAAGAAGCAAAUAAACCAGAAACACCGUGCAAAUCAUCAGUUGCUACGCCGGUUAGUGUUGAAGCCCGCCGAAUACUCGAGGCGGUGCGUUAUUUCCGGCUACAGCUGCAAAACGAAAUCGAACGCUUACAUACAUUAUGCGACGAAUGGGAUGAAUACAAAAGCCAAAACUUACCGCUUUUACAAAAGACUGGUGGAGAGGACAUGAUCAACGUUACCAUUGGACAAACAAAACUGCUAACCAGUAAAAAGUUCCAACAGUUCAAAGGACUAAUUGAUCGUUGUGAAAGUGGUGCAAAAGGUACGGCCGCUGCUGAUGAUGGUAGCGAAGAUACUAAACUUAUUACUGAUGUGGACUUGGAAGGUUUUUGGUCUAUGUUAAAUUUACAGGUCGAUAAUGUGGAGAAACGUUUCGAAAAUUUGAAACGUUGGAAAGCAAAUAAUUGGUCCGAUCCCGACGAUGUGGAGGAAAUCAAACAAGACAAAAUAAAACCCAAGCCGAAAUUGAAUAAAGUAAAGAAACCAAAAGCGCCAGUAAAAACAGCUAAAGCCAGUAGUGGUUUACAGGCAAUGUUACGCAAAAUGCACGCAGAGAUGCGCAAAAACAAAGAAACUACAGCUGAUCCAGGUGCAAACAUAGAUGGUGCAAUGAUAUUAACACCGACGCGUCAGCGAAAACGUCGUUCCCAAAGUGGCACUCCGAAAAUUGGUUCAGGUGGUGAGAACAACAAUAGCACACCGCGUCGUGUUUCGGUGGUUGUACGUGAUCGCAAAUCGCUAUCAGCGGCAGCCACAGUUAUUAGUUUGCCUGCCGAUAGUAAAGUAAUUGCUGCUGCAGCUGCGCAUAGACGUCUUUCACGCAUCGCGGCAGAAUCACCUAAAUCUAUUAAGGCAUGCGGCAAUGAAUUGCGUCGCAGCAUUAAUAGUAUGGAAAGAGCAUUAGCUGGCAGUACCGAUUUGUUGCGUAGCGCUCUUGCCGGAAAUGCAUAUAAAUCACGCCGUCGGAGUGGCACACCAAACUUCAUUGAAUUACCCCUCGAUUCGAACGCUCUCAGCAAAGAAUCAAAGGUGUUACCCAAGGUUCCUACGCCCACCCAGACAUCACCACCAGCAGUGAAUGUUGGUCGGAAGUCUAUAUUAAAGACACCCGGCACGGCUAAGGGUAAACCGAAGAGUGUGAUUUUUAGCGAAAAAUUGCGUGUUAAAAAAUUCAAGUUUACUUUAGAAGAUGAUGAGCCUAGCGAAGAUGAAGAACAACGUAUGCAAACUAGCACAGAAGAGCCACUAGAUGACCAACGCACUUAUUCCUUACGUACGCGUAAAGUUGUCCUGCGACCAUCAAGUGAAUUUGAAAUCCCCAAAGCUUAAAAUGUAUAAUUUAUUUCGUAACUGCUAUUAGAUUGUUAGUUAUUUAGCUGUUUUAACUACAUUUGUUUUCUUUUGUAGCGCAUUAGUUGUCCAUUAUUAUAUCUAUUUUAAUUUUUUAAAUAAAAAUUUUAAUUCGGUUUAUA